UUAACAAUCUUUUGAGUCUCAUUAAAUCUAUUGUGCUCGAAAAUAUUUAUCAACAACAAUGGCAGAUACUGCGAACGAAAACGAGAUGCCAAUCAGUUGGCAAGAAAAGAGAGAUUCUGGAAUAAAGCGAUGGGAAGGAAGAGUUGCUGUUGUAACAGGAGCAAGUUCACCAAUUGGAAUGGCAAUUUGUGAGGAUCUUGUUAAGCAUGGACUUUUUGUUUUUGGUUUGGCAACACGUGCAGGCAAAUAUGAAUUGGAGGCAUUGAGCAAGAAAUUAGAAAAAGACAAUGAACUCGGUAAAUUAUUUGCAUUUGAGUGCGAUAUUAAGGAAGAAGGUCAUGUAGAACCGAUUUUCCGAUACAUUGGAGAUUAUCAUGAUGGAAUUGAUUUACUCGUAAAUAAUGCAAACAUCAUGUCUAAAGGACUUAUUCUUGACGAUGAUAAUACAUCAAUUUUACGUGAUGUUAUGGAAACAAACAUCAUCGGCAUGUGUCUUGUCACACGAGAGGCUGCUAAGCUGAUGAAAAUGAGAAAAGAAGAAAGAAAGAAUUUGGGUCAUGUCAUUAACGUUAUGUCGGUUGUAGGACACAAAUUUGGAACAACAAAUACAAGAUCGAAGCCUUUAAAUGGAUUAUAUCCCGCAUCAAGACAUGCAUCGACAGCCAUAACUGAAUGUAUUCGCCAAGAAUUCCUUUUCUUUUAUGAGAAUGUAAAAAUUACAGCUAUUAGCCCUGGUUUUGUAGAGGGACAAGACACAGACAUUUUGACAGAAGAGGAAAAAUCACAUGGAAAAAUGCCAUCAUUAUCACCAAAGGAUGUAAGUGCUGCUGUCUUAUACGCCAUCUCAGUGAAGGAUGAAGUUCAGAUACAAGAAAUUAAAAUUAAACCCGUUGGAGAAUUUAUUUGAGAACUUAAUGUCAUCAUUUUUUUUUUCGCUUUUCCUCCGUCGUAUCCAGUGGGCGACAUCAAGAUUAUAAUUAAAUAUAUGAAGGAAAAGUGAAUAUUUUUAGUAUCGAAUCAGUGUAUCAAAAAUAAUAUAUUAGAGACGAAUCACAUACAUCAUAAUGUGCUUGUCAUACGCCAA